AUGUGCCACACCAGCUGCCACACAGGCGGCCAGGCUGGCUGCUGCUCACCCAGCUCUUGCCAGUCCUCCAUCUGCCUGCCCAUGAGCCGCAGGCCCACUGUGUGCACAGCCCCUUCCUGCCAGUCCUCCAUGUGCCUCCUCCCCUUCCUGCCAGUCCUUCGUGUGCCUCCCGUGAGCUGCAGGCCUACUGUGUGCACAGCCCCUUCCUGCCAGUCCUCCAUCUGCCUGCCCAUGAGCCGCAGGCCCACCGUGUGCACAGCCCCUUCCUGCCAGUCCUCCGUGUGCCUGCCUGUGAGCUGCAGGCCUACUGUGUGCACGGCCCCUUCCUGCCAGUCCUCCGUGUGCCUGCUGAGCUGCAGGCCCUUUGUGUGUGUGGCCUCCUCCUGCCAGCCCUCUGGGGAAUAG